AUGAAAAUUAAUGAAACUAUUAAAUUGUUUGAACAGAAACAAAUUUGUCAAGGUGGUCCAAGUGUCAUCAAUUUUCCUGGAAUUCAUAUUAAAAACACUAAUUUAGACGGUUCAAUAUGGCGCCACAACGAAUGUUCAAUUCUUACUAAUUCUACAAAAAGAUGUCAACAGUGUAAUUUAUUAUUUCAUUAUUUUAGGGUAUAUAGAAAAAGGUUAUCUAUUAGAAAUAAAACAUAUGUUAGUUCUACUCUGACUCCUACUAGACGGAGUAUAUUAAAACAAAUUUUAAGAAAAACAAAAAUGGUUAAACAAUCCAAUAAAAGGUUUAAAAUAAGAGUAGAACAAUUGAAUGUAACAUUGAAUGAAGUACAAUGUAAAUCAAAAAAUUUGACAAAUGAAUCUGUAGCUGAUUUAUUUGAAAGUAACAACUUGAAUACAUCACAGAAAACAAUUAUUCAAGAAAUUAUUAAUGCCAGUAAAGUCAUGAACACUAAAAAUAGGAGGUAUUCGGAAAAUUGGAUACUAUUAUGCAUCUUAUUGAAAAUUAGAUCUUCCACUACUUACCGAUUUUUAAGGGAACAAGAAGUAUUACCUCUAUCGUGUCCAAGAACUAUUAGAAAAUAUUUAUCAAUGAUAAACAUUCAAUGUGGUUUUGACAAGAAAUUUUUCCAAAUAUUAAAAAAAAAAAUUGGUAUACUUAGAUCUGAACAAAAACAUGGUAUGUUAGUUUUCGAUGAAAUGUUUUUAAGAGAAAGUCUUAAUGUAAACUCUCAGACUCUCACUUAUUGUGGAUUGGAAGAUUUUGGCGGAGAAGUAGAUUCUUCUGAAUUAAAAGCUAAUCAUGCAUUAGUUUUUAUGUUCCAAAGUUUAGCUCUAAAUUUUACUCAACCUAUUGCAGUUUUUGCGUCUCAUGGUCCAGUUAAAGGUAUUAAAAUUGAAAUACUGUAA